AUGGGUUAACAUUUUUUAGAGAAAAGACCUUAUUUUUAAUUAAAAAACUAUAUUUAGAUCCAUUAAUUACACAAGAGAGUUUUUUUCUUUAAAAAAAGUUAAACUGAAAAAUAAUGGCAUUUCAUUUUUCAUGGAAUAAAGAAUUUUCUCCAUCAUUUAUAGCAAAAACAAGUUCUCUUCUUAAUUAUGCUCUUAAUAAGUGUACAAAAAUACCUAUUAUUGUUGACAAAAUUGAUAUAAAAGAGUUAAAUAUGGGAUCAAUACCGCCAGAACUUGAGAUUUUAGAGAUUGGGGAUCUUGCAGAAGAUAGGUUUCGUGGAUUAUUUAAGUUGAAAUAUACAGGAGAUGCAUAUAUUGUUUUACAGACCAAAGUUCAAAUUAACCCAUUAAAUACACGAAAAAAGAUGUAUCCGAAGUUUACGUGGAGAGGGGUUCUUUCAGCAGAUGCACCAUUAAUUGUUCCUAUGUUUCUUCGUUUAUCGGAUUUUAAGUUAUCAAGUAUUAUUAUUUUAGUAUUUUCUAAGGCAAAGGGGGUUACACUAGUCUUUCGUAAUGAUCCUGUUGAGUCUGUAAGAGUAUCUAGUACAUUUGACAGUAUACCGGUUAUUGCACAAUUUUUACAAAAGGAAAUUGAAAAACAACUACGUAUAUUUUUUCAAGAAGAGCUUCCAGCUAUUAUUCAUAAAUUGUCUGUAUCUACUCCAUACAGUCCAAAAAAUAAGGAGUAUUCAAACCAAUUUGGUAGAGUGUUAACAAACGAAAUCUCUAAAACCAAUGAAUCAAUCCCUCUCAUAAGAUUAGCAGAUAUUAAUCCAGAGCAUCCAAUUUCUAUGACAAGUAUGUUACGUUUAGCAGCGUUAGCAUCCUCUCAGAAGACUCUUUCACCAUUUACUCCAUCUAUUAGUCAAGCAAUUUAUAGGUCAAAUCAUCUUUUAUCAGUUGUAUCGAAUACAAAUUAUACUAAACAUCCAUUAUUAUUUAACAGCCCUGAUUUUGGCCCAGAAAUGCCUUAUAUAUAUACACAUCCUACAAUUCAUACUACAGAAACACAGAAUAUUCGGCAAAAUUUAAGUCUACGGCAAAUUACCCUUUUAAAUAAACGAAGAACCCAAAAAAAACAUAACGUGAUAUGUAUACGUUCAGAUUCACUAGUUGUACCAAAUUCUAGAUGUGCUCGAGCAUUGUAG